AUGGAUAACAACGAAAAUUUUGGAGGUGAGGAAGAGAUGAUCUCAAAAACUAAAAGAGAGGAGAGAGUGGCGGUAACAAGCAACGGUAACAUUUCCGAUGAAAUUUUAGAGCAGUUCCUGAAAAUCAGAGAUCCUGAUCACAAAUUUGAUGAACAAAAAAUAAAAGCACACAAAGAAGAGAUCGAAAAACAGAGAAAAUUGUAUUUUAUUGGAAACACUCCAGAAAUUGUUACGGAGAAUCCGUUAGGAAAAAGCAACGAAUCUCUACAUAUGGAUGCUACUGAAAAAGAUAGUGUUGUUGGACCGGAGCCUCCAGCUUGUUCAUCAAUGGAGAAUGACAGUAAAACUGUUGAUGAUAAUAUGAGAGACUUCUACGAUGAAUAUUCACGAAAUAUUCAAUCUUAUAGCGCUCGAAUGAAAAGCUACACUGGUGACAUGAAAAAGAACAAGCGUCGCUUUCAAAAAUACAUGGAUCUUGUGAACAAAUACAUAAAAUCCAUGCAAUGUUACGUAAACUAUUUGCUUAAAAAUGAUUCAUGUUCUAAAAUAUGUCCCAAUAAGUCUAUCUACUCCAAACGUUAUCGUCCUUAUUGA